UUUUUCAUAUCGCAAUUAUUCCCGUAAUUAAUCAAAUUUUCUGCAUCAAUAGGGGACUUAAAAUGAAAGUGUUAGCGUCUAAAGUCACAUCGAGGAUGCCCGUAUUGUGUUAGUGACGUUGUGUUGGCGUAGAAAACAUUAGAAAAUGACGAAUUUCCGAAAUACAUUUUACGUGUUUUUCUGGAAAGUGAAAAAACAAAAGCGUUUCCACUGGUUCAAGAAUGCUUUAUUUACACUUUUGCCGAUUAUCUUGGUCAUCAUCAACUUUGUGAUCUUGCACGAGGAUGAAAGUAGGCUGCGACAUACGGCCAUUAGUGAGCCCAUUAACGAGGACGACUUGGAGGCUUAUUUACCCGCAAGUGACACGGAUAUGAUUUAUUUUGCGCCGCAAAAUGCAUUUACAAAGCGUCUGAUGGAAACGAUGCGAAAAGACCUGAAUAUCAUCGAGGAACGGGUCGAAGGAGUGGACUCGGAGGAGGAUUUACGACCGUUUAUGGAGGAAAAAGACCGAUUUUUUGCAGUAUUGUUCAACAUUGAUAAUCAUUAUAGCGAUGUGACGCCUCCCUUAAACUUUAGCUACACAAUCAGAACGAAAAACAAUAAUUUUCACACACACCAAAUCUAUAAUGGAGACGUUUUUGAUGCCAACAAUCGAGGCGAGGAUGAGUACAUUCGCAGUGGAUUUCUUACGCUCCAACACUGGCUAGACAAGACAUACAUGAAAAUGGUUUCUGGCAAUCGAGACUUUUUCAAAGACAUUUCGGUUCAGGUCAAGCGGUUUCCCAUACCGCAUGACUCACCGAUCUCGGAAGAAGGCGUGUCGACGUUCUGUUACACGAUAUUGAGCACAUAUGUCUUUUACUCGAUUUUGUUGAUAAUUAUUCCGAUGGUUGAGGAGAAGGAAGGCGGUUUCAAGGAACACGUGAAAAAUGCAACACGUUACAGUUAUUUGAAUAAUUUUUGUUUUUACCUCGUGAAUUAUGGACAACUUGUGACGACGUUUUUGGUUUGUUUAAUUUUGUCUAUGGGGUCUGGCACAUGGUCGUGCUUUAACAUUGGAAUUGUUUUUCUUUUUGGCAUAUUGUUCAUAUUUGCGUUGAUGUGCUUUGCCAUAUUUCUCGUGACUUUCUUCGAUUCAGUACUCUUUGCCAACUUUGGAUCACUCCUGCUCUUUUUGAUCCAAACUCUCGUAUUCUUCAUGAUCCCGACAAGCUUCAUGCGAAAAAUCCAAAUCGGCCUCCCCUUGAACGCCUUCCUGCUUGGCACGGAAAUUCUCUCGAAAUUCAAGGCAGCCGAUCACUGUUUCACCAUCUCCAGCAUCACGCACAAAGGCUAUCCCGGAAUUGACGAGUACAGUCUCGGCGAAAUUUUACUUGCAUUCCUUGCCGAAGGAUUUGUUUUCUUAUUUCUACACUUUUACAUCUCGAACGUGUGUCCGGGCAAACAUGGCACGCCACGCAGCAUCUUCUUUUUGUUCCAACCGUCGUACUACACGCCGAACAAAAUCGAUUGUGCCGACGUCGGAAGUGUCGUCAACACGCACGGAAAGGUCUACGAACGCAGUGACGGCGCCGAAGCGAUCGUCAAAGUACGGAAUUUGACAAAAACCUUCCGUUCGUUGUCGGGCAGGAAGAAAACCGCCGUGCACGAUGUCUCGUUUGACAUUUACAAAAAUCAGAUAACGGCAGUUUUGGGACAUAAUGGAGCCGGAAAGACAACAGCAAUGUGCAUGUUGACGGGAAUGGUCUCGAAAACGUCGGGAAUUGUGAGUGUCGAUGGCGUGCAAGACAUCAAUUAUUUCCGAACAGCGAUCGGUUUCUGUCCGCAACAUAAUAUCUUCUUGCCGUAUCUCACGUGUCGCGAGCAUUUGUUGUUUUUCGGGCAAUUACGUGGAUUGACGUUGUUCCAAGCGAACCAAGAAGCCUCCUUGAUCCUCAAUAAAAUCAAUUUGAACACCAAAAGUAGCAGCGUUGCCAAAAAUUUGUCUGGCGGCAUGAUGCGGAAGCUCUGUUUGGGCAAUGCGAUCAUUGGAAAGACGAAACUUCUCGUUCUCGAUGAACCUUCGAGCGGUUUAGAUCCCGAAUCACGACGCGACAUAUGGAAUGUGCUCUGCAAAUUGAAAAAAGAUCACACAAUUCUCAUUUCCACGCAUUUCAUGGAGGAAGCUGAUGUCUUGGGAGACCGAAUUGCCAUCUUAGAGGAGGGAAAAUUGAUCGCUUUCGGUACUUCGAUGUUCCUGAAGCAACAUUACGGCACAGGAUACACAAUAAAAAUGCUCAAGGAACCGUCUUUCAAAAAAGCUGACGUUGUUGAUGCAAUUACGAAGGAAAUUCCGAAAGCAGAAUUCAAACAAAUGGUCGAGCCGACAUUUUGCGCUACUUUGCCGUACAAAGAUCAGGACAAAUAUGUGAGUAUCUUGGAAAAUUUGGAGAAUAAGAAGCAGGAAUAUGGAAUUGAGGCGUUGAGUAUCACAAAUACGACAUUGGAAGAGGUAUUUUUGAACUCAGCUACCACAGAUAAGAUUCUGCAAAAGACGAGUGAUGAAACUGACUCGAGCUAUGUGCUAAUUGAAGGCGAGGCGCGACGAAGUAAUUAUUGUGGAGUCAGUUUUAAGCAUUUCCGAGCCGUUUUGUACAAGAAAAGCAUCUAUUUGAAGCGGAAAAUGACUUAUUUCUUCUUGAUGAUGUUGAUCCCUUGUUGCUUCGCGAUGAUCCCCUUCAUCAUCUUCAACAAGAGCCCGGAGUCGGAAUCGAAGUAUUUCAGCAUGUUCAAUCUCUCAGCACUUUCCAUCCCGAACCCUAUUAUCGUUUUGUGCGUUUCGAACGAGCAUUUAAGUGUCUCCAAGAAGAUUGAAGCUUUCUUGGAACAAGAAUUGGCGGAAACGGAAGGCGGUGAAAUAUCGUAUGGCGGUCAAAUCAACUGCGAUGAACAUUUACUCAACUUAGCUAACACAGAUCGCAUCAAAUUUUAUGAUCGCGUCGUUGGCGCUCUUGAUGUCACGGUCGAAGACACAACUUACGAGAUGACAAUGACGGCAAUGUACUCGAUGAAUGUUCUUCAUAGUUCUGCAAUUGCUCUAAAUUUGGGAAAUAAGAUGUUAGCGAAGCUCAAUAUCAAUGACAGCAUUAAUAUUAUUACGGCAAAUGCGCCUCUUGUGAAGUCAUCGAUCGAUUUUAAAUUACCUUUUUACUAUACGAUGUUGGUGCCGUUGGGUAUGAUGAUGUACAUGGCUUUUUAUUUGCCACUUCCCUUGAAUGAGCGCAUUAUUGAGGUUCGGAAGCUGCAAAAUAUCUCGCCGUUCCUGUAUUGGGUGUCGUUCUUCAUCAUCGAUGCACUUUUGCAUACGUUCGUUUGUGGCAUGCUGAUUCUCGUGACAUUCGCUUGGGAUCAUUCGAGUGUUUUUAGUGCAAAUGAUUAUAAAUAUCUCUUUUUGCUGUACCUCUUCUAUGGAUAUGCCUAUUUGACGUUAAUCUACACCGUCAGUCAACUUUUCCAAUCGCUCAGUAGUGCAACUUCAGUCUUAAUGUUCUUGCUCAUCAUUGGAAUGGUUGGUUGCGAAUUCUUGUCUACGGGUGUCGCCAAGAUGCAGGAAUACAGUCAGUACAUCACUUUUAUGCACAUUUUCCCGGAUUUCGCGCUCAAACACUCGAUGAAGGUCAUUUACGAGAUCUCAAAGUUCGAACAAACAUAUCAGCAGCCAGAAAUUGGCCAAAUUUAUAAGAAGCAAUUUAUAAAAGCAGUAAACGAUUUGAAUUUGACAAAAUUUUUCAUGUUUAUACCAAUUUAUGGCUUAAUAUUGUUCGCUUGCUUAAUUGUCUUGCUGGAGGACAUUUACAUCAGACAUCGAUUACUCAAGUACUAUUUGCAGUUUAUGGAUUUCAUUUGUUGCCGCAAAUACAUUCGAGAUGAGUACAAACAGCCAGAUGAUGAAAUGGACAAAUAUGUCUUGGAUGAGAAGAAAUACGUGGAAGAUGUCAUUAAAAGCAACACUGUUGAUGAAUAUCCAAUUGUUGUUUCGCAGUUGGAGAAAAAUUACAUGCAUUUAAAAGCUGUUCGAGGAAUUGAUUUUGCUGUGCGAAAAGGAGAAUGUUUUGGUCUUUUGGGAAUGAAUGGAGCAGGAAAAUCCUCCACAUUCAAAAUGAUGACGCUCAACGAGACAAUAUCCAAGGGUCAAGUUUUCAUCCAUGGCCAAAGUUGCUACGUCAACGAGUUCCAAUACAAGAGCCAAUUCGGUUAUUGUCCGCAAAACGACGCUCUCAACCUUUUCAUGACGAGCUACGAGACUUUACGUUAUUACGCGAUGCUGCGUUGCGUUCAACCGCAUCGCAUCCACGAAGAAGUCAUGAUGUGGCUCCGCAAAGUUGACAUCGAAAAAUACAAAAAUACUCAAGUCCAAUUCUAUUCGGGCGGCACAAAGCGAAAACUCAAUACAGCCAUUGCGAUGAUUGGUUCGCCGCGCGUAAUUUUCCUCGAUGAGCCCACGACGGGUGUCGAUCCGAAAUCACGUCGUUUCGUGUGGGGCUGCAUCAAAAAGUUCCAAAACUCCGAGAAUCACUCGAUAAUUCUCACGUCGCACAGCAUGGAUGAGUGCGAGACGCUCUGCAAUCGCUUGGCGAUCAUGGUGAAAGGCAACUUUAAGUGUGUCGGGCCUAUUCAAAAGCUAAAGUCACAGUACGGCGUUGGCUUUUCGCUGAUAAUUAAGUUGCGCAAUAACGUCAUUACGCGAUUGAAAGCUGAAGCAGCAGCUGCUGCUGAGGAAGAAGCCAAAGAACGGGAUCAGGUAGAUGGUAACACACUAAAAGUACCAAAUUCCGAGGGUCAAGCAGGAACAGCCAACGAUGGCACAAAAUUCACGAGAAAAUCGUCAACUGUGUUAAUGGAUCUCAAGUUAAAAGUCUCGCAACUCUUCAGAUGUGAGCUCAAAGAUGAACAUGAAGGCAUGCUUCAAUACUUCAUUUACGACGACGACAUCUCAUGGGCAGAUGUUUUCACGAAAUUAACCAAAUUCAACAAUGAGAACAAGCUAGUUGUGGAAAAUUUCUCAAUCAAUGAAACCACACUGGAAGACAUCUUUUUGCAAUUUCGCGAGCCAGUCGACAAAGACAACGUCGAGACCACGGAGCUCUAACCAUUAAUGUUCGAGGACAGCACUGUGUAAGGAAAUUUUAAGUUCAAAGAAAAAAAAAAGAUGAAACUAGACAAUUUUUAAUUAGAUAGCCAUAUAUUAGAUAUAUAUACAUACAGAUUAUAUAUAUUAUUACGAUAAAAAGGUGAAAAUUAGUGUGAUUGAACUGUGUACCUAAAAAAAGCAAAAAACUUUUCUAAGGACGUACGUCAUAAAGUAGCAUAAGUAAUUUGCGUGUGUUUGAGUGUGUGUUUCUAAAAAAAAGUAAAUAUAUAAAUAAGUGUUCCA